AUGAAGAGAAAGUUGGACCAUGGCUCCGAGGUCCGUUCUUUCUCUCUGGGAAAGAAACCCUGCAAAGUCUCAGAAUACACAAGUACUACAGGGCUAGUGCCAUGCUCUGCCACACCUACAACUUUUGGGGACCUGAGGGCAGCCAAUGGCCAGGGACAGCAACGUCGCCGCAUUACGUCUGUGCAGCCACCGACUGGCCUUCAGGAGUGGCUGAAGAUGUUUCAGAGCUGGAGUGGACCAGAGAAAUUACUUGCUUUAGAUGAACUGAUUGAUAGUUGUGAACCAACGCAAGUAAAACACAUGAUGCAAGUGAUAGAGCCCCAGUUUCAAAGAGACUUCAUUUCCUUGCUCCCAAAAGAGCUGGCACUGUACGUGUUGUCAUUCCUGGAACCCAGGGACCUUCUGCAGGCAGCCCAGACAUGUCGUUACUGGAGAAUUCUGGCUGAAGAUAAUCUUCUCUGGAGAGAGAAAUGCAAAGAGGAGGGGAUUGAUGAACCAUUACAUAUCAAGAGGAGGAAAGUAAUCAAACCAGGCUUUAUACACAGUCCGUGGAAAAGCGCCUACAUUAGACAACACAGGAUUGAUACCAACUGGCGGCGAGGAGAACUGAAAUCGCCUAAGGUGCUCAAAGGCCAUGAUGACCACGUGAUCACAUGCCUUCAGUUCUGCGGGAACCGAAUAGUGAGCGGCUCUGAUGACAACACGCUCAAAGUGUGGUCAGCGGUUACAGGCAAGUGUUUGAGAACGCUGGUUGGGCACACAGGCGGAGUCUGGUCAUCACAGAUGAGGGACAAUAUCAUCAUCAGUGGAUCUACAGACCGAACGUUGAAAGUCUGGAACGCUGAGACUGGGGAGUGCAUACACACCUUGUACGGCCACACCUCCACCGUGCGUUGCAUGCAUCUCCAUGAGAAAAGAGUGGUCAGUGGUUCUCGAGAUGCUACACUGAGAGUUUGGGACAUAGAGACGGGUCAGUGUUUACACGUUCUGAUGGGCCACGUAGCUGCAGUUCGGUGCGUUCAGUAUGAUGGCAGAAGGGUUGUAAGUGGUGCAUAUGAUUUUAUGGUCAAAGUGUGGGAUCCGGAGACAGAGACCUGUCUGCACACGCUGCAAGGGCAUACUAACAGAGUCUACUCAUUACAGUUUGAUGGUAUCCAUGUGGUGAGCGGAUCUCUGGACACUUCCAUCCGAGUCUGGGAUGUGGAGACGGGCAACUGCAUUCACACGCUGACAGGCCACCAGUCUCUCACAAGUGGAAUGGAACUCAAGGACAAUAUACUCGUGUCUGGGAGAAAAAUCUGGGACAUUAAAACAGGACAAUGUUUACAGACAUUGCAAGGUCCCAACAAGCAUCAGAGUGCUGUGACCUGUUUACAGUUCAACAAGAACUUUGUAAUUACCAGCUCAGACGAUGGGACUGUAAAACUUUGGGACUUGAAAACAGGUGAAUUUAUCCGAAAUCUAGUCACAUUGGAGAGCGGGGGAAGCGGAGGCGUCGUGUGGCGGAUCAGAGCUUCGAACACAAAGCUAGUGUGUGCCGUUGGGAGCCGCAACGGGACUGAGGAAACAAAGCUGCUGGUGUUGGACUUUGACGUGGAUAUGAAGUGAAGGGCAGAAAGAUUAAUUUGUCCAAACGUGUAGACGAUGUUCUCCUUUCCCUCCCCCUGAAAAGAAAAAGAAAAAAAAAAAGAAAUAAGAAAAAAAAAAAGAAAAAGGAAAAAAAAAUCCCUUGUCCUUGGUGGUGCAGGAUGUUGGCUUGGGGCAACAGAUCCUAAAGACCUACAGACUACAAAGGAGAAGACAAAGAUGACAAACUAUAACUGACAAGAGAGGCAUUUGCUGUCUCGUCACAUAAAAAGGCUACACUUCUGACCGGGGCAGCUUUGCAAAAAUAUGACUUUUGAAAUGAAACCAGGUGCAAUUAUUUCUUUACUUUCCUCCAACUGUUCUUUGAGCAAUUUGGAG